AUUUUUUGUAGACCAAAAACCUCCUGCUAAUACUUUUAUUGUCCGCCACUAAUUUGCGUGGUUGGGUAAUCAAAAGUUUACUCAUAUGGCUUGAAAGCGAUUUGAGAUGUCGGCUGGGUCCAAGAGACGUGUAUUUCCAGUGGGCUGCUCUCAUUUUGAAAACAUGGGUCGAUAAUUUUCCUGGGCUUCUGUUUCCUAAAUAAUAGGUCUCCCUCUUCUGUUUGCAUGGAUAGGAUUCUGAACAUUCUGCUUUCUGGGGUUUUUUUUGGUUAUCUAGACGUUAUCAAUCCAUUCCAACUCAGUUUUGGAGGAUUUCAGCGAGGAUUUUAAGCUCCCUGGCUUGUCAUGGAGGGUCCCUACGAAACAUCCAGCAAUGGUGAAGCUGCAAGUUCCAAUCUUCAGAUCAUUAGAUAUUCUCCGUUCCAACCCUUCACCAAAUUUUCCUCGCCUUGGUUUGAUUUUAGAGUGUUUUAUGUCAGGAUCAGUAAUUUCCAGGUUGAUGCUUCAACCCCAGAAUUUUUCACUCUCAACCAUAUCCCUCUGAGCCCAGACACCCUUUUGGAAGUGAAUGGUGCUAGAAGUAGCAUGUAUGCUGAUGGUGUCUCUUCCCUUCUCAGAAGGGAUCGUGUGGAUAAGAAAUCUGAAGAAGCUACAUUUGUUAGCACAGAGAGUAUUAGAACCACAGGGAGUGUGAAAUUUGAGGUUUUCCACAAAGAGGAUCUAAUUCUAUCUGGGGUUUUGGAGAUGUCUAACAGUAAUUGCUUUGUUGGGGAAUCGAAAAGUAAUGUGAAGCGGUGGAGUAUGAAUUGUGAACCAGGGAUCACAGCUGGUUCUGGCUUCUUGAGGGGAAAACACAUUGCUGGUACUGAGUUACCAACCAUUGAGGUUUAUGUUACAGGGUGCUUCUCGGGAACACCCAUCAUCUUAACCAAGACUUUGCAGCUUAGUUACCGUAAGAAGCACAUCAGGAAGGGCAUGUUGGACGCAAUUCCAGAGUAUGAGACAACUGAAUCCCCAAAAAAUGUUUCAGCCCAACAUGAUCUGCAGAUAGCAGAUUACAGAAGUUACAAACUAGAAAAUGAAGAAGAUUAUGAUAACAUGUACUGGAGGAGUGCAUAUAUGGAGGGUGAAGAUGGUGAACUAUCAUGGUUCAACGCUGGUGUGAGGGUUGGCGUAGGAAUUGGACUCGGCGUUUGUCUUGGAAUUGGUAUAGGAGUUGGUUUGCUAGUUCGUACAUAUCAAGCAACCACUCGAAACUUCAAAAGACGGCUUGUGUGAUUCCUCUUUCCUCAACUGCUAAAUAGUUGGUUACCUUUUAACUUCAAGAUUUUGACAGAGUUCUCUGUAAAGCUGACUUGCUUUCAUUUGGUUUUUGGUGUUUCUCCCUCUCAGAACUUGUAAUGUAAUAUAAUGUGGUGUUUAUGUAGAAGGGAAUGGCAGAGAGUUGGAUUCUACCGUCUUCACAUUGAUGUCAAGGUUUAUACAUACAUGGAAGUUUGUAUGGCUUGUAUUUCCCUGUAAAUAAAAUCUGUUUUUGAGAAGCCAAAGCAGCAUAUGGUAGGUAGCCCGAUGUCAAAUUUAGAACUCGAUCAGUGUGCAAAUAAAGAUCAGACCCAAAGACUUGCGUCUUCCUAUUUUCACAAGAA